UACCUUAUUUUUUCACAUGAAUAUGGGUAUUUAUGGGGCCAUCUUUAUCACUUUAUUGAUAUCACUUUGUUCUUGUGUUUCAUGCUCAAUUUAGUUAUACUUUAGUCAUGUUUUCUUGAUGCUAUUUCAUGGUUAGGUCUAAGUCACAAUGAUAUAAAAAGUUAUGGAUCUUGCUUUCCCAAAAAAUGGACUGGCUGCAACACAAAAACUAUAUGAACAAUAUAAUAGUUUGUUGACAAUUUUGGGUAAAGGUAACCUUUUGUUAAAGAAAGAUGUAAAGAGUCCAUACAGCGUACCUGAGUCUUGUGAGAAUACCAAUAAAAUGGUUUCUGAACUGAUUGCAGCUAUGAAAAGCACUUUAAAAGAUUUAAAACUGUCUUAUGAGUUUUGUCAGAAAGAGUUUGAACAAAAUAAAGAUGGCAUACCAAACUUCAAUAAUUUAGAAACACCAGUUAAAAUGGAGAUUGACACUUCUCCAGAAUAUAUUCAAUUGCAUCAGGAGUUACAAAAAAAGAAUACAGAUCUGAAAAUUGUCAUUGACGAAAUGCAGAAAAUUUCAGCGGACAUAAACCAAUUAGCGCCAUUGUAACAAGUACAUAUAAAAGGAUAAAUAUUUUGAGUUGUGUGUUUGAUAGCACUCAUAUGCAUGAACUAACCUUCAAACAUAAUAUUGUAUCAGAAUUUAAAGGAUAUUGAUGGUUUUAUUACAUCGUGUUUUUGGUAUUUCUUUUACUACUAUUUACUAUGGAUAACAAUGUAUCAUAAUUGCAUGGUAAACAUUAUUUUAUGAUUGUUAGGAAAUACUAACUAAAUGAUGCUCAAUUUGA